UUGUAGCGCGUGUCACACGUGUGUUGAAAGUUUGAAAUGGAUUACUAGAGUAUGCAAGGUUCGUCAGAAACAAAAAUGACGGACUUUAAACAGUUAAAAUUAAAUGAUUGGUUAAUUAAACAGUGUAACAAAAUGGGAUUGGUAUCACCAACACCAGUUCAGCUCCAUUGUAUUCCAGAAAUAUUGUCAGGAAAAGACUGCAUUGGAUGCUCAAAAACAGGAAGUGGAAAAACACUAGCUUUUGCAAUACCAGUUUUGCAAAAGCUAUCAGAAGAUCCUUAUGGUAUUUUUGCAUUAAUUUUAACACCUACCAGAGAAUUGGCUUGCCAAAUUGCUGAUCAGUUUCGUGUACUAGGAAAGCCAAUUAAUUUAGAGCUAUGUCUAAUAAUAGGUGGUAUGGAUAUGAUGAAACAAGGAAAAGAAUUAGCAAGACAUCCUCAUAUUGUUAUUUCAACUCCAGGACGUUUAGCAGAUCAUCUUGAAAGUUGUAAUACAUUUACUUUAAAGAGUAUUAAAUUUUUGAUACUUGAUGAAGCUGACAGAUUAUUAGAAGGCCAAUUUAAUAAUCAGUUCAGAAAGUGCCAGAUAUUGUCCAUGGGGUUAACGUCAUUAGGAUUUGAAAAUGUAUCACUUCAUUCAAUGAAAGCACAGAGAGAGAGGUUUAUUUCAUUAUCAAAAUUCAAAUCUAAUAAAGUAAAAAUCUUAGUAGCCACUGAUGUUGCGAGUAGAGGUCUGGACAUUCCCACAGUUGAUAUGGUUAUAAAUUAUAAUAUACCAAAACCUAAAACUUAUAUUCAUCGUGUGGGUAGGACUGCUCGAGCUGGUCGUGGUGGUAUGGCUGUGACAUUAGUAUCACAAUUUGAUGUAGAUUCAGUGCAUAAAAUAGAAAAUUUUAUAAAUAGAAAACUUAGUCUGUAUGAAACAAAAGCCAUGACUCUAAAUACUAUAUUUAAUUCCCUUCCAAAACAGAAACAAACUUUAUUAUUUAGUGCUACAAUUACACAAAAUGUUCAAAACAUGGAGAAACAUCUUUCAAAUAAAUUUUAUUGGUCACAAGUUGAAGAAAUUUCAACAGUUGAUCAGCUAGAGCAGUUCUAUGUUUUGAUGCCAGCUUUAGUUCGAGAUCCUUAUCUUGUACAUAUAAUUCAUCAUUAUUUAGAAAAAAAUCAAAAUAACUCUCUCAUUAUCUUUACCGGUUCUUGCAAAUUGUUUUCAGGUCUGGACAUUCCCACAGUUGAUAUGGUUAUAAAUUAUAAUAUACCAAAACCUAAAACUUAUAUUCAUCGUGUGGGUAGGACUGCUCGAGCUGGUCGUGGUGGUAUGGCUGUGACAUUAGUAUCACAAUUUGAUGUAGAUUCAGUGCAUAAAAUAGAAAAUUUUAUAAAUAGAAAACUUAGUCUGUAUGAAACAAAAGAAAAAAGGGUGCUGGAUAUAAUGUUGCAAGUGUCUGUGGCAAUGAGAGAAGCAGAAAUACGACUAGGAGAAACAGACUUUGGUGAAAGAAAAAUUAUAAAUCAGAAAAAGCGGAAAAUUUUAGAAGCAGAGAAUAAAAAGAAACCAAAGGAUAGUGUAACGAAAAAAUCGGACAAAGUAAACAACAAACAAAAGAAGAAAAAAAAACUAUUAGAAAAUUGAAAUAAAACGUUAAAAGUAUUGAUAGUAAAA